AAUUUCUCGCCGAAAGAGAUUCCAAUCGAUUUUCGCCCUUCCUUCACCAGCUAGCAGUCCAACUCCUGCAGUUGCUCUCAUGGCUUCCUCAAGCUCAGCAGGCAAUGCAGCUCAAACCCCUAGAAAAUCGUUAGGGUUAGUCGCAAAUGCAAUGAAACGCAAAGACAGCUUCAUCCAGCUCUUUGCGAUGACUGGGAUUUUUCUCUUGAGCAUCAGAUCCUUAGGCCAAAAGUACCAAAUCCACGACCUCCAGGAAGACACUAUAGCUCUUAAAGAAGAACAGAAAAACCUAACCGAUCGCAUGAAGAAUAUAAAGCGCAGCCUCCUUCACGAAGCCUCUCUUGAUUCCUCUGGUCUCUUCGCUUCUCGCCUUCGCCUUCUCUUCGGCGAGGACCAUUGAAUGCAAAUUCGUGGUCUGUUUUGCCUAUUACUAUGCUUUGAGGAAAAUAGAAUUGGUGGAUUGGUUUCAUAUUGAUUGUGGAGCAGGUCAUAGGGGCUUAUUGUAUUGGUGAUGCCUAACUCUCGACCAUUGGACAAACCAGCUACCAUCUGAGGCUUCAUAACAGUUUCUGCAAUCCUGUGGUUUGUAUUUUGGCACUUAUGUUGUCUAAAACAAAUGAGAGUCUGCUAUUUAUGGCAGAGUUUGCUAUCACUUAAUCGGUUAGAAGUCUUCCUAUUAAUUAUAAUAUUUUUUUGCAAACUGAAUGCAUGCAUUUGCAAUGAA